CAUCCCCACCCCCCACCACCACCCCCUCAUACAUAUAUUCAUAAUUGGUUCUGGCAUCCUUCCUCUCCCAUCUACAUAAGAUAUUGUUGUCCACAAUCCUUCCACCCCCACCAUUAUUUCAACGGGUGCCCCCAAUUGAGCAUCCGUGCUCGUCAUGAAGGCCACCCCGUUACUCAUCUCGUGGCACGAUGACAAUGCUCCUAUUUACUCGGUACAUUUCGAUCCCAAUGGCAAGGGCCGUCUAGCUACUGCUGGAAAUGACAAUAACGUCAGACUAUGGAAGGUGGAAUCGAUCGGAGAGGAGCGGAAGGUGUCCUACUUGAGCACGCUGGUUAAACACACCCAGGCCGUCAAUGUCGUCCGUUUCAGUCCCAAAGGCGAGAUGCUGGCAUCUGCCGGGGAUGACGGUAAUGUCUUACUCUGGGUACCCUCGGAAUUGCAAACACAACCGGGCUUAGGUGAAGACCGCUCCGAUGACAAGGAAACAUGGCGAGUGAAGCAUAUGUGCCGUUGCUCCGGGGCAGAGAUCUACGACCUCGCCUGGUCGCCUGAUGGGGUCUUCAUCAUCACAGGCAGUAUGGACAACAUCGCUCGGAUCUAUAAUGCUCAGACGGGCCAAAUGGUGCGCCAAAUUGCGGAACACUCACAUUAUGUUCAGGGUGUUGCUUGGGAUCCGCUGAACGAGUUCGUUGCGACACAAUCAUCCGACCGUUCCGUCCACAUCUACAGCUUGAAAACCAAAGAUGGCCAGUUUACUUUAACUUCCCAUGGGAAGUUUCUCAAAAUGGAUCUCCCCGCGAAACGCAUUUCGUCCAGCAGUCCUGCGCCGCCAGAUCUCUCGAUCCGCUCUCAACCCGCCCCGACCAGCUCCGCCGCCAUCGCCUCGCCCGCUCCGUCUACCCCAGGUACGCCAAUGAUCUCUAACCUGCCAAUGGACCCUCCCCCAGUAUCACAUAGUCGCCGGUCAUCAUUCGGGUCCUCACCAUCUAUCCGUCGCUCAGCAUCUCCGGCGCCAUCCCUACCUUUACCAGCUGUCAAACCGCUUGAGGUACCAUCGCCAGGUCUGCUGGGGGGUCUCGGAGUCAAGAAUGCCAAUAUCUAUGCAAACGAGACGUUCACCUCGUUCUUCCGGAGAUUGACCUUUGCUCCUGAUGGAAGCUUGCUGUUUACUCCGGCGGGCCAGUACAAGACGUCGCAUGUAUCACCUACGGACUCCUCCAAAACAACGGACGAAAUCAUCAAUACCGUGUACAUUUACACUCGUGCCGGUUUCAACAAGCCGCCCAUUUCCCAUCUUCCAGGUCACAAGAAGCCCUCUGUUGCAGUCAAGUGCUCUCCCAUUUUCUAUACCCUGCGACAAACCCCGCAGCCUGCUCGUCAUAUCACCUUGGACACGUCGUCCGUCGACGAGUCAUUUUCUUCGCUCCCGGAUCCGGUGGUGGGUUCUGCCAAGGACGGCGCUUCAUUAAUGGAACCUCCUUCUUCCACGCUCACAGCCAACGAUCUGGCAAAGAACAACACCGGUACCAAGGCGACGGAGCGGGACAGCCCCCCUGCAGGUCACAGCCCUGCCCCUGUAUUCACACUGCCUUACCGGAUUGUAUAUGCAGUAGCCACUCAGGACGGGGUCUUGGUGUAUGACACACAGCAGCAGACGCCGAUCUGCGUCGUCAGCAAUCUACACUUUGCUACCUUCACCGAUCUGACAUGGUCGAAUGACGGCUUGACCUUGAUAAUGAGCUCGUCGGAUGGGUUUUGUUCCACUCUUGCUUUUGCGCCGGGCGAGCUAGGCCAACCAUACACUGCACCGGCAUCGGCGGCUCAUCAGACCGCAGCCGCCGUGCUAUCGGCCAAUAACGUUCCUCUUCCCACGCCAACAACAGCGAAACCAAGCCCAGGGCCCCAGGCCAAUGCGGGCCAAGCUCCUCCUGCCAGCCCUGCGCGAUCCAACUCGGUCUCAUCAGUCACAACUCUGUCUGGGAGUCAACAAACGCCGGGGGCGGUAGUCAAUAACCCGACACCGACCCUCGGAGCAGUACCACUGGUGACGGCGACUCACUCAUCCCAACCUCCGACACUUCCGCUCACAACCCCGCCACAGACCCCCAUGUCGCAUAGUGGCACAAGCACUGUCAGCGCCAGUGUGCUAGGCAAACGGGUCAGUGAAUCGGAAAAGGAGGAAGACAGAGACCCGAGCGCGGCUCCGCCCGUCCAACCACCGAAAAAGAGACGAGUGGCGCCGACGCUCAUAUCAGCAGGCACUGAGCAUACCUCAGCUAAGGGGUCACAUAGUACUACGGAUAUUGGGGGUUGAUCAUGCUAUCUGACAAGUAUCUUACUUACGAUGUUUCUUCUCUCCUUCGCCUCCGGGUCUAAACUGUAACUCUGCAUUCCCGUUUACCUCCGCCCCCUCUUUCACCGACCAUCGCCACCUGUCCCGCAGGGUUCGGAGAGACCCUGGCUCGCUACGACAUAUGAUCUAUCAAUCAACUACCUCUUCACCAUGAAUUCACGUUUCUUCACCCUUUUCUCCUAUUCGCAUAUCCAUGAGCUAGCUAUCUGAUCUCCCACGG